AUGAUACACAAUACCUCCUUCGAGGACGACGUAGAAGAAAGGAGGAAUCUUCGGAUGCAAUCAAGAACUGAAAGUUUGAGAAGCGAAUCGAGACGGUCUAGAGUUAGUGACGAGGAAACGAAGAUGGACAAGGCCAGCAUUACCAUUCCAAACAACAACGAACUGCCCCCUGCACAAUCCAAUAAAGCCACUGCUGGGUUUAUUCUCAAGCCUCGUCCCCAAACUUUAGUUGCCAACGAUGGCAACUCCGACGCUACAAACAGUAUUCCCCGCCGAUUACUCUUUACCUACAGCAAGAACUUGCUCCAUGAGAAAACUCCCAAACAUUUGCACGACAACGUCCAGCAUUCCAUCCAAGUUUACGCCGACGCAUGGGGAAUCGAGGACCAAUCUCACGUGGAGGUUCUCUUUUACACGGACAAAGAAUGCAUCGAACUUUUGAAACAAGUGGAACCGAAAUACCUUCCCAUCUUUCAGACGGAAACCUUUCCUGCCUACCGCGGCGACAUUUGCCGGACGGCCGCACUCUAUCUGUAUGGAGGAUACUAUUUGGACGUGGACAUUGAGACGCUUCAAGCUUUGGAACCACCGUCAAAUGCGGAUUUCAUCACGGCCAAGAUGCAAAGCGGUACAUUCUUUCAAGCCAUUAUUGCCACGACGCCGUUUCAUCCCGUCUUGAAAGCGGCUUUGGAAUCGAUGCUGAAUGAUUGGUACAUGAUCCCGAGCGUCCUACAAGAAUUCAACAAGAGUGAGACGGAAUUUGAUUCCGACUUUUUUCGAGGACCGACCGGAGUGUACAAUGCCCGAAGGAUGGAGCAUUUGCAAAAAGUGCUUGAGGAUGUCCCGCCAGACAAGGUACUAAUGGGACCUGGCACUCUUCGCAUUGCGUUUGAUCGCCAAAAGAACAAAACGACACCUUGGUUUUUGGAAGAAAUGGAAAACAGUAAAAUGAAAUUGUAUCCCGAGCUGAUUCGGGACGAGGGAUCAAUGAUCUAUCGGGGAUGCAAUUACAUAGUACACGAUCCAGGCAAUACAACUGCCUACUUUUAUUCUCGAUGUCGCGGGACGGGUUACUGUCCUUAA